UCACUUUUUAAACCUAGAGUAGGGAGGAAGAAAGAAGAGAACGCUAGCACGUUCCCUGCGGCCGAUCCAGUCACGUGCGUGUGGAUACCGGUAGAGCUCGGGAUCGUUUUCUCGGACUGUCUGACAUCCCUGAUUAAGAUUGUUAUUAAAUAUGGCCGCCAACACAACUUUUUCACUGCGAUCUAUCCUUGAGAAGGAAAAACUUAAUGGAACAAAUUACAUGGACUGGGAUAGAAAUCUGAGAAUCGUUCUCAAACAAGAGCGUAAAGAAUAUGUCCUUGACCAACCAAUUCCUGCUGAACCAGCGGCCAAUGCUGCUAGAGUCAUUAGAGAUGCUUAUGAAAGGCAUGUCCGUGAUGAAGUUGAUGUCACUUGUCUGAUGUUAACUAUCAUGGAAGCUAAUCUUCAGAAACAGUUUCUGAAUCGUCGUGCACAUGACAUCUCUAAUGAACUCAAGAACUUGUUUCAGAAACAAGCACGGAUCGAAAGGUUCGAGACGAC